GCUAGUGCUAGCUAGCGAAGGUGGGUGAAAAAAGGUUCUUACAACCACAGGUCUUAUCCCUUCAUCCACCACACGCUUCGCCCCAUCUCAGAAACACUACUAUCUUUGGAACUCAAACAUGGCAAGCCUUCAGUUAACAACACCCUUCACUCUUUUCAGACAGAGGCACCCCACCACCAAGCUCUUCACUGCUUCUCAGUUCAACCCUCGGCCACGUCAUGGUAUGCGGCCACUGAGAGUGAGGUCGUAUAAAGUGGUGGUUGAGCACGAGGGGCGGUCCACUGAGCUGGAAGUUGAACCUGACGAGACCAUACUGUCAAAGGCAUUGGACUCUGGCUUGUCUGUGCCUCAUGACUGCAAGCUUGGAGUCUGCAUGACAUGCCCUGCACGUCUCAUCAGAGGAUCUGUUGAUCAGAGCGACGGAAUGCUCAGCGAUGACGUGGUGGAGCGUGGCUAUGCACUCUUGUGUGCUGCCUACCCUAAAUCUGAUUGCCAUAUUAAGAUCAUCCCAGAGGAAGAACUACUUUCGUUGCAGUUAGCCACAGCCAAUGAUUAGUCUGUUUUUGAGUUUUGAAUGAAGUUAAUACCAUGCUGCUGCUGGUUUUGGUUGAGUCUUUGCUUGUUUCUAAUAAUUGUUGUUGUCGCUCUGGGCUUAUCUAUACUUAUGUUUUAUUGUGUAGAUUUUUAUUGAUGCAUGAAAAUAGAACAUUUGAUUCAAAUUAGAAUA